AUGCAAUACAAGAAGACUCUAGCCACUGCCGCUCUAGCAACCUCUGCUCUAGCUGCUUACGUUCCAUCUGAACCAUGGUCCACUUUAACUCCUUCUGCCACUUACAAAGGUGGUCUAACUAACUACGCUUCUACUUUUGGUAUUGCCGUUGAACCAGUUGCUUCUGCCGCUGCUUCCUCCAAGGCCAAGAGAGAUGCUAUUUCUCAAAUCGGUGAUGGUCAAAUUCAAGCUGCUACUACCACCAAGACUACUAAGGCUGCUGUCUCUCAAAUCAAUGACGGUCAAAUCCAAGCCGCUACUACUACUGCUAAGGCUACCAAGGCUGCCGUUUCUCAAAUCAAUGACGGUCAAAUCCAAGCUGCUACCAAGGCUACCAAGGCUGCCGUUUCUCAAAUUAACGAUGGUCAAAUCCAAGCCGCUACCAAGGCUCCAGUCUCUCAAAUCGGUGACGGUCAAAUCCAAGCUGCUACCAAGGCUGCUGUCUCUCAAAUCGGUGAUGGUCAAAUCCAAGCCGCUACUAAGACUGCCGCUGCCGUUUCUCAAAUCGGUGAUGGUCAAAUUCAAGCUGCCACCAAGGCUGCUGUCUCUCAAAUCGGUGAUGGUCAAAUCCAAGCCGCUACUAAGACUGCCGCUGCUGUCUCUCAAAUAAAUGACGGUCAAAUCCAAGCUGCCACCAAGGCUGCUGUCUCUCAAAUCGGUGACGGUCAAGCUCAAGCCGCUACUAAGACUGCUACUGCUGGUGCAUCUCAAGACACUGACGGUCAAGUUCAAAACAAGGAUUCUUCUAAUCCAGUCACUAACGUCUCCUGUAAGGUCGACGGUACUCUAGAAAUGUCUAUCAAGGAUGGUAUCUUAACUGAUGGUAAGGGUAGAGUUGGUUCUAUCGUUUCUAACAGACAAUUCCAAUUCGAUGGUCCACCACCACAAGCCGGUGCUCUAUACGCUGCUGGUUGGUCUAUUACCCCAGAAGGUAACCUGGCUCUAGGUGACCAAGAUGUUUUCUACCAAUGUCUAUCUGGCGACUUCUACAACUUGUACGAUGAAUCCAUUGCCUCUCAAUGUCACCCAGUUUACCUACAAGCCAUUGACUUGGUUGCUUGUUAA